CAUCAAAUAUAGGGAUAACUACUGACGGUAUUGUCAAGAUUCUUGACUAUGGAGGUGCAAUGAGAAGAGGAUUAAACCCUGGGCAAGGCAUGACAGUGAACUAUCUUCCCCCAGAGGUGUGCGCUGAUAAGCAAAAUUGCUCAGAAAAAAUGGACAUCUGGGCUCUUGCCUGCAGCGUGAUAUUUCUGACCACAGGAGUAGAAGUCUACACAUAUCUGCCAGAGAGGAUUAGAGCAGUGACAAAUGGACCAUUGCCCACAGAUCAAAAGAACUUGGUGAAGCAUAUUGCUGCGUAUGGCAUCCAUGUUGUAGAGUUCAUGCCUAAGGAUGAUCGGUACACAUGGUUAAAGAAUCUGGUAAAAUUGAUGCUAAACCCAGUACCACAUGAUCGAUGGAGUGCCUUGGCUUGCUUAGAUUACAUUAAUAGGAAGGAAAAGUUAACACCUACAACAGUUACAGUCUCUGUACCCAGUGUUUUGCCAGAUAUUCAACAACUGCUCCAAGACCAAACAGAGAAGCCUGAUGCCCAGUGCAAAGAUACCACAUCUGGAUACCAGACUCAGCCACCCAGGAGGGAAGGGGACUUAAGAGAAAUAGAGACGAGGGAGAGAAACAGAGAAGAGCAAAAUAGAGAAGAAGAGGAAUUGGGGUCACAGAAGGAGUUUUACCCUGGACACAUUCCUAUUGACAUGUGAGAAGAGGACUUUUCCAGUAACUUGUGAGCAUGUGCAGUACUCACUUUGUGGUGUGAAACUUUUGUUGAGGAGGCUCAGUUGGCAAUCUGACGCUUGUAAUGUCAGUUGUUCUGUUUUUACUGUGAAAAAUAUUUCAAAAUGAUUGUGGCUUCUUGUAACUUGUGAGAAAAUUUUCCCAAGUAUAUUGGUCUGUUCAUUUGUCCGUUUGUGGUCAAAGUUUUGUCUCACAAUAGGGCCACAUUUUUAGAGAUUUUGUUUGUAAAAAAAUUGCGGUAGAUUGGUAAUUGCUCUAGGAUGAACCCUAUUGAUUUCCAUAAGGAUGGUGUUUACUGUCUUUUUGUAAAAAAACAAUCAGUGUUAUGAAAUUAACAUGGGCAAAGCCCAUUGAAAAUAAUAAAAAAAAAGUUUUUUGAAUUUUGAUUGUAAUGAAGUCAAAUUGGCUGAUCUGAACAAGGUCACAACUUCUUCAAACUCCAAGUUUCAUCUAGAUGUAGUAUUGAUUAGUAUUAAUUUGGAGGGAGGUUGAAAUAGACCAAUGCGCUUCAAGAAUCAUGUUUAUCAUUUAAUACACUGCUGGGAAGUUCAACUGUGAUUUGUUCCACACGGGACUCUGUUGACAGAAAAAUAUCAGACUGUAUCAGUGUGCAAGACUGACCAUUGGUCAACACAUCUUUAUUUAAAUAUAGCUGUCCAUUCAGUUCAACUUUAUGCUUGUUACAUCUGUGGUCUUGUAGUUCACAAGUACUUGGCCUGUAGGCAACUCUAUGUUUAAUUGUUUGUGGUCAGUUUUUUUGGUUCAUGAUAGAGCCUCACACAUUCGGACUAUUGAUAGUGUUGAAGAUUUUAAAAAAGACUUGAAAACUUUCUUAUUUGCACAGUAUUU